AUGGCGUCGACGACACAAUCCGUCGAGGCGCGUCUCCACGCCCUCCUCCCGUCGCACCCAUCGCUGCGCACGUCCCUCUUACCCGCCCUCCUCACCUCCUUCACCCAGAUUGCCCAGACCCUGCGGACAUCGCAGCGCGUGGCCCUCGCUGGCUCGGCCAAUCAGUUUGGCGAUGACCAGCUCAACGUCGAUGUCAGCUGCGAGAAGCACAUUCGCGACGCGCUCGAGGGAUGCCCCAGCGCCGUCGUGGCGAGCUCAGAGGAGGACCCCGUCGAGGUCGCCGUCGCCCACGCCCAUGCUCCUCCUUGCGCGCAGACAGACGUGGAAAGGUACAGUGUUGCCUUUGAUCCGCUCGACGGUAGCUCCAUCAUUGCGCCCAAUUGGACCGUGGGCACGAUUGUGGGAGUGUGGGCGGGGGACACGGCCGUGGGCGUCUCCUCGUCGCAGCAGAUUGCGAGCCUGUUUGGCGUCUACGGACCCCGGACGACAGCGUACAUGGCCAUACGGGUCCCGGGCCAGGACGGCGGCGGCGUGUGCGUAGAGCUAGGUCUGAACGAGGACAACGGCACCUGGGACGUGUUGCGUGAAAAUGUCACCCUGACGCGCGAACCCAAGGCCAGAUACUUUGCGCCGGCGAAUCUGCGUUCCGCGGCGUACAGCGAACCGUACAUGCAUCUCAUCAAUCACUUUAUUCGGGAGCGGUAUAACCUGCGCUACUGCGGCGGUCUCGUACCGGACCUGGUGCACACGUUUGUCAAGGGGCACGGGGUCUACGUGUCGCCCGUGACGGAGCGUGAUGGGCCAAAGCUGCGUAGGCUGUACGAGUUGCUACCCGUGGCGCUCCUGAUGGAAUGCGCGGGCGGCAGGGCGGUGGAUCCGCAAGAUGGACGCGACGUGCUCGAUAGAGACGUGGGAGGGACAGAGGAGAAGGGGGGUCUGCCCCGCCACCCCUUAUCAGUGUUCAUCCACACUUUCACUGGAGGACAAGAUGACAUCCUCCAUGUCAACAUGCCCGCGAGCAGGAAAAAGGCCGCCAAGGGCAUAUUCAGGACCAGACAGGGUCCUGCGGUGGCACAGCAGGUCUGCCGCACUGCUGAUGACGGCCAACACCAACUGGCCCUCCAAUUCGUAAAUGUCGACGACCCCGAGCAAAUCAAGGAUCGAGCGACGCAGCAGAGGAUCCGUCGUCAUGUCAUGCUCAACGUGGGCCAAUCCCGCAAAAAGGGCACACGCAGGGGAAUUAAACGACCUCCGCUGCCCCGGAACCCGUCUCACUGGGGGGAAGUCAAAGUAUGCUCCAAUUUCGAACGGCUCUUUCGAGCCAUGGAUGCAGUCUCACAUGGUCUGCUGUCAAUCACACUAGGGGGCAGCAUGGCGAAGAAUCGCAGUCAGCGGAUGCCUCUCAGCGAGAUCCAGCAGUACACAGACUCGCUUGGUCUGGUGCGGCAGAGUAUCACGCACAAAACAGCCAGGGCAGUGAAUCGAGACCUUGUCAUCGGCACCGUGAUCUGUCUGGCCUAUUUUGAUCUGCAGACGCACAAUCUUGAAGGAUGGGAGGUGCACAUGCGCGGGCUGGAGAGCAUCGUUGCGCUCCAUGGUGGCGUGGAGGCUCUCGAAUCACACCCUGCCCUUCGCCAGUCUCUCUUCCUCGUCGACGUGCUCGGGUCGCUGAUCUGUGACGCGCCGCCACGGUUCCCACAGCUACAUUUCCUCAUCGCGUUUGGUGGCAUUGCUCGACGGCUUGCCACAAACUUCAGUGGAGCAGAUGGCCCUCGAUCUUAUGAUCCCGGCAGUCACGGAGAGGGUAAGGGUCCUCUGGCCUCAAGCGGACGGCGAUUGUCUGCCGUGGCAGAGCUGGUCCGCCUCUCGGCACUGGCUCUGUUAUCCACGGUGAUCACGACGACAUCGGAGGAUGAGCUCUUCUGUGCAACACACCGACAGCGCCAGGGCUAUGCGCGACAUCUCCUGGCGCGCACUGACCCUGGCGACUGGGCAGGAAGGGAGCUGACCAAGCUCUGGGUCCUGGUCGUCCAGGCAUUAAUGGAGCCGGGCCCAACGGGAGCAUUUUUCCUCGACGCCAUUAUCGGAAUAAUGGAAAUUCUGUCACUACAUUCAUGGGAGGACGUGCUGUCUGGCCUACGCCAGGUUGCAUGGACGGCCCCCGCUGCUGCGAAGGGAAUGGCAUGCCUGAGACACGAUAUCGAAGCUCGACUGGGCACGGAGAAGUGA